UCACACGCAAAAGGAAAGUUAGGAAGCAAAAAGAGACCGAUCCAGAAAAGUCAAUGUUUCAAACUUGAAGAACUCAACAUAUAUAUGAACAAGGCUCCGAAUUAAUGGCGCCACCAUUACUCUCAGCUCUGCUAUGUCUCCUUCCUCUCUCAGUCCUCAGCAUCAGCAACAAGGGGACGAGAUUCAGUUCUCUCAUGACAAACACUUCGCUCUUCAUGGCCUAAUCACGCUGCUCACUGUCGUCUCCGUCUUCUUCCUCUUCAUUCUGUUCAUCCUCACGAUUCCAUGCUUGAAGCGUGCUGCUUCUUCUGCUGCCACAGGUUCUGAAGCAGAAGGACGUCGUGAUGAUGAAGAUUCUAAUGUUGCAGUAGCAGAAUGCAGCACUCCUUCAACACAGAGAGGUGAUGGUAUUCUCACUCAGACCCCACCCGGUUUGAUGAUAUCUAACAGUGAAGUUAUUAGCAGAAAGUUCCCAUAGUAGGAAGUGCUUCUGUGGUUCUACUGAUUGAGAUUCAUGGUGGAUAACUCAGGAGCCGUAGAUUAGAAUAGAUUUGCAGGGCUUUCAGGUUUUCCCUGUCGGCUAUAUUUAACCUGUAUCAAUAAUUUGUGGUUAUCGUUACUUUGUCUCGCAUGUCAGUGUCAAAAACCCCAACAAGGAACAAGUGCCGCUAGGGCACUCAACAACACAAAAUAUCACGUCGUCAUGGUAUAUUUACCUUUUAGCCCCUGCAAUGCAAGCACAUUAUCAAUGCUCAUUUUUAGAGCGUCUUUGGAACCAACAAUGUUCAUAAGGUUUCAAAGUGGGUUAGCCAAAAGUUAGUGAAAAGACCCUUCUUUUCUUUCAUUGGAUUUCAUUGGAAUGUGAGCUAUCACUGUUACAAACACAUCAUUCUUGUGAUUCAAUCUACAAAUCAUAUUUACAUUUUCCUUCGUGUUAAGUUGUUGAUCCUGAGCCUGCAGAAAUUUCUGUAUUCUGUAAUCUAUUCUUGUAUUAGUACUAUUACCUUGGUAAUAGAUCCAUUAAUUCUCAGCAUUCUUCGUAUGCUUG